GAACCUUUCCUGAUCUUUAAAACACCUGAAGCUGCAGAAACUUUCUGAGUUAGAUAAACAAGCUCUAAAGGACUAAAACUAUUCAGAAACCUUGUAUCUCCGGGGGGGUCGCGACCCACAGGUUGGUGACAGCCUCAGUCUGAAACACUAAUAGAAUUUAUCCGGCGUAUGAAAAGUUUUUACCUGCUGAGUCUGCUGUUGGAAAACAGCCAUAAAAGCACCGCAACGUUUGGUCGCUGCUCUUUAUUUUGAAAUGACCGUUCCGGAAGCCGCGUCGUUUCCCACUCUGUCCGUCUUUGCCGCUCGGUUCGCUCGGUGACGUCUCUCACCGGUAAAACCCACCGAAGAGUCGACCGGACUCGCCACGUCUCCUUCUUCUUCUUCUCCUUCUUCUUCUUCUUCUUCUUCUUCUUCUUCGCCGGAGCGCACAGCGACAUCACGGCAUCACGGAUCCCCGACCCCAGUCCUCCUCUCCCCGGCCGGACGGGCCGCGACGAGCCGCUGACGGCAAGGACAGGACGCGGAGCGGGAACCGCUUCACCUCAGGAUGAUGGAUGUAACUCCGGUACCGACCAGCGGACACGGAGCCCGGUGGACUCGGCGGAGGGGCAGCGGGGACGCGUGAACAGCCUCCCGGUUGGAGGAUACUGACGCACCGGCGGUUUUUCUUGAAUUUUAAUCUUUUUUCCACAAUGUCACCAUCAAGGAGACGCGGCUGAGGCACCUGCUCCUCCUCGCGGAUCCCCGCUGCCCGUCAUCCUCCUGGACGGUUCCCGAAGCUUCCAGCUAACGUUAGAUCCGGUAUGAACGGAACCGGACCUUCCUGUCACAUCUGACCGGGAGUUUUGGGGGGUUUGUCGUGGCGGGCUGCCGGCGGGGAAACGUUUGGAUUUUGUGGAUGAGAACCGGUCACCGGGCCGGAUUCCGUGCGGAGGGACGCGGGUCGGAGCGGCGGAGGAGGAGGGAGGAGGAGCAGCGGCGGGGAACCGAACUCACAACCUCAUCCCCGGGGGGAGAGAAGCAGCGAGGCGGCCAGAGGAGGAUGUAAAGAUGGGUUUAGUUUUCGGUCUCCUGUGGCUGUUUACCGGCUUCCUGCAAGGCGUGCACGGCCAGGGCGUGUACGCGCCCCCUACAGUGCGGAUCGUGCACUCAGGUCAGGCCUGUAACGUGGAGGAGGAGCGCUACACUGAGAGAGUUUACACCAUCAGAGAGGGAGAGACCCUGGAGCUGCAGUGUCUGGUGACGGGACACCCCCGCCCACAGAUUCGUUGGACUAAGACGGCGGGCGGAGCCUCGGACCGUCAGGGCGACUCCUCUCUGCACAACGAGACUCUGAGGAUAAAAAGCAUCAGCCGCCACCAGGGGGGGCGCUACUACUGCAAGGCUGAGAACGGCCUGGGGUCUCCGGCCAUCCGCUCCAUACGAGUCGACGUCUACUACCUGGACGACCCGGUGAUAACGGUGCAUCAGAGCGUCGGAGAGGCGAAGGAGCAGUUCUACUUUGAGAGGACGGUGUUUCUUCGCUGUGUCGCCAACUCCAACCCACCUGUUCACUACACCUGGAGGAGAGGCAGGGAGGUGCUGACGCAGGGCGCCGACUCCGGGGUGGAGAUCUACGAACCGUUUUUUACACAGGGCGAGACGAAGAUCUUGAAGCUGAAAAAUCUCCGUCCUCAGGAUUACGCCGACUACACCUGCAUCUCCUCCGUCAGGAACGUCUGCGGCAUCGGAGACAAGAGCGCCCACUUCAGUCUGAGCAACAGGACAGCUCCUCCCUCCAUCAAACUCCUCCUGGACGACCCCCUGGUGGUGAACCCGGGGGAGACGAUCACUCUGGUGUGUGUGGCGUCGGGCGGAGACCCUCCCCCCACCCUGAUCUGGGUGAAGCCGGGAGGGGAGGAGCUCCCGAAGAGGUGCGUCGUCAACGGCGGCACCCUGACCAUCCCCGGCGUGACUGUUGAUGACGGCGGCGCCUACAGCUGUGUGGCGUCCAACAACGUGGGAAACCCCGCCAAGAAAUCCACCACCAUAUUAGUCAGAGGACUUCGUAAAGGUCGUUUCUGGAUCACGCCCGACCCCUACCACAACGACGACAACAUCCAGAUCGGCCGGGAGGUGAAGAUCAGCUGCCAGGUGGAGGCCACGCCGCCGGAGGAGCUGCAGUUCAGCUGGCUGAAGAACGGCCGGCCGCUGAGGAGCUCUGAGCGGAUGGUCAUCACCCACACCGACACCGACAUCUCGCCGGGCACCACCAACCUCGACAUCAUCGACCUCAAGUUCACCGACUUCGGCACCUACACCUGCGUGGCGUCGCUGAGAAACGGAGGAACCCCCGAGAUCAGCAUCGAUGUCAACAUCUCAUCCACCACAGUUCCCCCGGAGCUCACCGUCCCCAGGGGGCGCUCACACCUCAUCGCUCAGGAGGGCGACACCGUGGACCUGCAGUGUCUGGUCUCAGGGAAACCCAAACCCAUCAUCCUGUGGUCUCGGGUGGAGGAGAGCGGGGCGGCGGCGGCGGCAGCUCUGAUGCCGGAUGGCUCGGCUCAGACGGAGAGCUACGACGGCGUCCUGAGGCUCAACAACGUGACGAGAGAGAUGGGCGGGGCCUACCGCUGCCAGACGAGUCAGUACAACGGCUUCAACGUGAAACCAAGGGAGGCCCUGAUCCAGCUGGUGGUGCAGUUCCCUCCGACCGUGGAGCCGGUGUAUACGGAGAUCCGUCAGGCUCUCGGCCGGGCGUUCAGCCUCACCUGCCGCCUGCUGCGAGCUCACCCGGCCCGCCUCCUGCGAUACGAGUGGAAGCUGGGCUCCCGCCUCCUCACUGUCGGACAGUUCAGCGACCAGAAAGACGACACCAGCUACCACGUCCGAGCUCUAAACCGAGAAGGCUACGGCGAGUACACCUGUGACAUCACCAACGAGGCCGGGGCGGGGCGCUGCACCUUCCUGGUCACAGGGAAGGCCUACGCCCCAGAGUUUUACUACGACACCUACAGCGCUCUGUGGCAGAACCGGCCCCGCGUCUACGGCUUCAAGCUGCAGUGGACUCAGAUGGAGCCCAACGCCGUGGACCGGAUCCUGGCCUACAGACUCGGCAUCAGACAGGUGGGUCAGUCUCGCUGGUGGGAGCAGGAGAUUCCCAUGGAGGGAACCGUCCAGAAGGGGGAGCUGUUGACCUACAACCUGACUGAACUCGUCAAACCUGAGUCCUACCUGAUCCGCCUCACCCCCAUCACCCGCUACGGGGAGGGAGACGCCACCGAACGCAUCAUCACAUACAGCGCUCCUGUCAACCCACAUCUCAGGGAGUUCCAGUGUGGUUUCGAGGACGAGGCGUUGUGUUUGUUCUCUCAGGACAAAACCGACGAGUUUGACUGGACACGUCACAGCGCCGCCACACGAGACACCAAAUACACCCCGAACACCGGGCCGAGCUCCGACCACAACGGCUCCAAGCAGGGUUUCUACAUGUACAUCGAGACGUCGAGGCCGAGGCUGGAGGGAGACAAAGCUCGGCUGCUGUCUCCCACCUUCAACAUGAACUCGAAGAUUUCCUCCUCGUCCGCCGUCAGCAACAGCCCCACCUACUGCUUCGCCUUCUUCUACCACAUGUACGGGAAACACAUAGGAGCUCUGAAUGUGUUCCUGCGCCAGAAAGGUCAGACGGUGACGGACACUUCAGUCUGGAGUCUGACUGGUAACCAAGGAGACCGCUGGAGACAAGCCAAGGUCAACAUCCACCCAACCAUGGCCUUCCAGAUGGUGAUGGAGGGAGUCCGAGGUUCUGGUAUCGAGGGAGACGUCGCCAUCGAUGAUGUAACCAUCGAGGAGGGCGAGUGUAAAGACCCUCCACCCAACAAUCUAAGGUCUCUCGCCCCGCCCUCUUCGCCCCAUAUAUGGCAGCUGUGCAUCACUCUGAGUCUGGCUCUGAUUGGCCAGCAGAGGUGACCCCCUCCCCCCUGAACACAACGUGACGCCACGACCUUUGACUCUUUUGCCCCCGCCCCGAUCUCCUCUACAUCAAAUCCAACCCCCCCCCCCCCCCCCCCCCCCCCAACUACCAAAGAUCCGGUCUGAGCUGCAGCAGAGAGGCGUGAUGAAAGUGAGGAUUGUUUACGUUGUAGGAAACAGUGAAUGAGGGAUCACAGGAGCAGCGCAACAUUGGUCCCAUUCCCAGUCCAGAGACAGUGUUAGCCUAGCUUAGCAUAAAAACUGAAAGCAGGGGGAAACCUCAAAGAUCCAUCUGAUUAACACGUCGUAAACAUCAGCCCAUCCUGUAGUCGGCUGGACCAGUUCACCGCAGAGUCCAAACCAGCAAGUUCAGCCGCUCUGUGUCAGGUCAAAGGUCACUUAGUUUGAAUGUAGCGUGGGAGUUUCGCCACAGAGAGCUGAAGUAGGACGUCACCUCCGGCCUAACCUCAGAACAUCCGACAUUUAUUUCAUCUGAGAAAAAACAAAGGUUUUGUCUCCAUAGAACAAAUCAUCAGCCAGUUCUGGAUGUUCGAAGCUGAAACCUUCGUGAUUUCUACUAAAUAAAUCCACAAUAUAUUUUCAGCAUCUGAAAAACUACAGCUCCCAUGAAAUAAAACCUCACAGCUGUAACAUAAUAAAUAGUAAUAUGCCAAUAUUAUAGAUGAACAGAACAACAGUUCACAUCGGACAGUAAAUCUCUCUGGAGACAUAAAAGAAGAACUUACAGCAUCAGCGCCCUUUGACUCCGUGUAGCUUAUAUUCCCUUCUUGUGAAUAUUGUGAUUUCUAGCUCUUUUGCCAAUUUCAAAAUUCACUUUAUUGCCGCCUUCUUCCUCUAAAAACACGGGCUGCAUGUUGUUCUCAUCUGAUGUCGCCUUGGGGCCAUAUUAUACAAUCUGAACCCAUUUUCUUUAAUACUGGCAUAUUAUUUAUGUACGUUUACAGCUGUAAGAGCUCAUUAUUGUCUUUGUUUUUGUAUUUGAGCACCUUAAUCUUUAUGCAUAACAGGAGGUGUUGCUGGCGUCCUCUGAUUGGUGGGUUAUUUCCAGGUGAAAGCUUGUAGCCUUUAUAUGUCCGCUGCUGUUUGUAUGAGAUUUGGCGGAUGAAGGUCUGAAGACUGAAUCCAAGAAAAGUUGAAUCCAAGGAGACUGGACUUGGUUGUAGGUUCUGACUGACAGGUGAGGAGACCCAGGUAUUUAACCUCUGUGGGGUCGGGAUCAAGGUCGUGGAUGUCACUUGGUUGGUUAGUGCUCCCCGCUGUUGUAGCGACAGGCUGAGGCUGCGUCCACACUGCUGCGUUUUAGUUUUAAGACUCAUCUCUUUUACUACGUUUCUGUCCACACGACUCCUUAUUUUGAAAACUCUGGGGUUGUGUUGUAGUCUGGACAGAAACUGAGACCUUUGUAAACGAUGAGGUCACACCCACGGUCUCUCCUGAUUGGCUGUCAUCAGCCUGGACUACCAGUGGUGAAUACAACAUGAUGAUGAACGACAGUGUCACUGACCUUGUUGUCUUUGCAGCUGUUGUUCACUUACAUUCUCUGUUUUAAUGCUACAACAAUCUAGACCAUCUGCUUCCUGUUUACAUUGGCGCGCACAUGCCCAGUGUACAUCAACAGUCAUGUGAUCGGUGUUUUCAGGGGUGUUAGUGUGGACGCAGCCCAGGUGUGCCAGGUGUUGUCAGUGACUUUGUCAGUGUGUGGGACUGGAGUAUUUAAAAAAGAGGAAAUAACAGUUUGAAUGUGAACCUUCCUGCCCCCCCCACCCCUCCAUCUCCUCUCAUAAACCCUCUUACUUACCCUCCCCCCUCUGUACUCCCCCUCCGCAGAUCAGCAGUACUGUACCGUGAUUUGGACAAACAAAUAGUCUCUAUCUUUAGUUUUUUUCUUAAAUGGGGGAGGUAACUUUUUACAGCGGGCGGACCCACAGAGCGGUAGUUAAAAAAAAAAAAAAAAAAAGACUUUUAUUUUGACAUCUGUCUGUCUGUGGCGGACCAAGGAGGAAAGUUCACCCUCUGCCAUGACAUCAAGUGCCUUCAGACUCACAGAGAGAAAGACCGCCGGGCCGAGGACUGCCGAAAUAACAAAGAGUCGGACAUCGAUGUUUCUGUCUUAGCGACCAGUGGGAAAAUAAGCGAUGAACACAGAUAUCUCCUGGUCUCAAUAUGCAGAGAAUCAGUUUCUUACUUUUUUUGAGGUGAAAAUGUUUAUGAUGACAAGAGGAUUCUGGCGUUAUGAAGACGCAGCAACGAAGAAGCCAUGGACCAGAGACACACUGACUGCAGACAGGAAGCUCAGUGAUUUAUUUAACGAUUUAAAGAACAACAUGCAAUCAUAAUCUGAGACUGUGACUGGAUAUUUCAGAAUAAAAGGACUUCCUGUUGGACGGUUUUCAGCCCUAAGCCAAUGGGAUUUGAGCAUUUGGUCUCUCAGAACUAUUUUAGUAUUUCAAAAUAAGAGUUUUCAGAAAUCGGCGUAGACUUUGAUGCUACCUGAGACUAUCAGUUAACUUAAACUACAAAAACAGCUGGAGCUUUUGGAAAAACAAAGGAAGAAAAUGUACUGUAAAAUCAAAUCUUAUAUUGUUCCUAUGAAUUAUAAAGAUAGAGGGGAAAUCUUUACACUUGUCAUCGUUACUCAUCUCUGUUGUUUUGUUGGUUUUAACGAGGGUGGGGUUCUUUAGUUCAGGUAUCUGUCUUAUUUUGGAUUUAAUUGUUUUGUUUUUUUGUUUAUGUGGGUUUUUCCCAGGACAUCUGGAAAAACUCGAAAGGAAAAUUUGAAGAAAAAAUUCUGGGGGUAAUUUUUUUUUUUUUUCAAAAAGCACAAAGAGACAAAAAUUCCUUUAGUUAAACAGAGAACACACAUGAACAACGCAUCUGUACACACAUAUUUUAUAUGGAAGCCUAUUUCUGCCAACAAAAGAAAAAAAUGCAUAAAAAGCUAGCAUGAGAGAAAUACUUAUUGUAUUAAAUGUGUGUAAUAAAAAAGCCAUAAAUUUGAUUUACUAAUUUUACCUAUUAACCUGUUAUCUUUGCUACAUUAUUAUUUGUAAUAAUAUAAUAUGUUUAUAAUAUGUCACAUUUUUAACUUACUAUCAUUUUGCUUUGAGUAUUUACUUUCUCAUACUUUAUACUUUAACACUAUGAUUUUGAUUUCAAAAGGUUAUGAAUUUAAUCACAUUUUUUACGUAUGUCAUACGUUUUUAUCAUUUUUUAAUCUGAUUAUUUUUAGAUUAAUAUCUCAGUGUUGUUAUUUGAAAAGUCCUAAUUUUCAUUUGCUUGACAAUUAUAAUUUUGAUUUAAAAGAUCAUAAGUUUCCGUUAAUAGCUCAUACUUUACAUCUACCUAGGGGAGUAUUUUAAUUUUUUUCUUUUCCUCAGCAGGAGUGGACUUCCAUACAUCAGCUCGUACACAUGCUGUCAUACAAGAACCACGUAACUGCCAUUUUGAUUCACGUGGUUUCACAACAUAUGUGAGAAAAUAAUUAUUUUAACUUUAAAUACAUUUAAAGACACAGUGAAACAGCAGUUAGAGCGAUUCUCUGAGCGAAUCAGAAUAUGUGAGCGAGGCGUCAUUUUGAGAAGGAUUUGAUCAAAUCAUUAAGAAUUAGAUUCAAGAGCCGAGAGCGGUUUUAUGUGAUUCACUGUGUCUUUAAAAACUUCUUUCCUUAGACGAAAAACAUGAUUUUAUUGGAGAUGCGUGGUUUUACACAGUAGUGAUGAGCAUUACUUAAAAAGUCUGAUUUGCAUCUCAGCAGCCACUGUUAUACACACUAUUAUUAAACUGAUCACAGGUCAGUCAGAGGAGGGUGCAUUAGAUAAACCAUUCCCUCAGAUAAAUAUCAUUUCUUUUUAAUGUUUUGUUGAUUUAUUUUUCUCCCUGUGGCGACACUUUUAUUUUCUCAGCGUGUUUUUCCACUGCAGCUCGCUGUGCUGAUGAUCAGAGUUUUAUUAAAGCUCCCGUGGGUUUCACUUUAUCCUCCACUGCAUUAUUAUUAUAUUAACUCUGUUUGUUGGAAUCACUGCAGAUGAUUGGUCGCCUCUGAUAAACACCAGUAGGUUUACUCAUUUAUUUACUCUUCCAAAUGAUGAAACGAACUCUGUGCAGUGAUUACAUAAACACGCUGCUGGUUUGUUCAAAAAGAAAGAAAAGCUUACAUGAAGGAUUCCUCUGCCCUGCCGAUAUAAAAAUAUUCCUUCAUCACACUUUAAAGAGAAAUGAGUAUGGAAGCUCAUUAAAAUAAAACAUUCUAAGAUGAGUCAAAGCCAUGAUAUAUGUCAAACUUUUCAUUUAUUACGUUGAAAUGGAGUGAGCAUUAUGAGGAUUAAAAUAUCUAAUCUUUGCUGACUAUCUUAUAAUUUUGAUUCAAUUUGAUCUUUAAUUUGUAAUUGCAAAAAUUCACAACAAAACACAGGUGGGUGUGGUUCACUGCAGGUGGUUCAGAGCUUCUGUUGUUAUUUAUUUAUCUGAAGAUCAGAGACAAUAAAAUCUGUCAUUGUUUUUUCAUCAGCUUUUCGGAAAAACAAAUAUAUUCGUUGGGUUUGCGCAGUUAAACACUAAGGAGACAAAACGUUACAACCACAAAUACAAGACAAUAGUUUUUUUCGGGAAAUUAGUUUUGGAAAAGUGAGGCAUGUCUUAAAUUCAAGGACCAAGAUAAUUAUGUGUUCACAACAUCAGAUUUUGUUUUGAAGCGACACAGUACCAGUGUACUACAGUGUUGAAUUAAAGGUUGCUUGUAGAUUACGACCAGAAACUUUAUUUAAAAAAACAACAUUCAAAUAAUUUUUAAUUUAAUAAUUUUGAAUCCGAUAAAACUUUUUUCUUUUAAACUCCCUCAAUGUCUUUUCAAGAUCUUUAGAGAAUUAUAAUAACAUUAAUAAUGGUACAUUUUUUUUUUUUUAAGUAUAUUUUUUGGGCUUUUUAUGCCUUUAUUUGAUAGUAUAGUGGAGAGAGACAGGAAACAGGGAGGCAGAGAGGGGGAAUGACAUGCAGUAAAGGCCGUCCGAUGCGGGAUUCGAACCGGGGCCAACUGCAGCGAGGACUGUAGCCUCUACACAUGGGGCGCCUGCUUAGACCACUACGCUACACGACGCCCCUAUAAUGGUACAUUUUUGAUAUGUUUCAAAGUGCUGUACAUAGGAAAAACUAUUUUUAAAUGAAACUUCACCACAAUUAAAUCAAAUACAGAAUAUUGAAGUACAGGGACUAAAACACAAAGAAAUUCCCAAAUUACAAUAAAUUAAGAUAAAAACUGUAGAAUAAACAAAGAAUACAUGUAAAACAUAAUUGAUCUGAAAAAAUGAAUAAACGGGUUGUUUGGUUAAAAGUGAAUUAAAAACUUCACUAACUGCAAGAAUUGGUCACAUUUGGUUUAAAAGUUGAAUCACUCAGGUUGUGAUGUGUAGGUGAUUCAAAUGUUCCUUCAGUGUGAUAAAGGUUGUGUCAGCUGUGGACUCUGUGGUGGAAAAACACGUCAUCAUUCCUUCCCUGGGAGUCUGGUAUCUCUCUCUGUUGUUUAUAUUUGGAUUUUUAGGGAAAGGGGCAAUAAAAUAAAAGUUUUAAAAAAGCAGUGACACGACUCCGUGGACGUGUGAAGAACAAUAUUUUUAUAACUGUGAUUAUUCUCUGCAAUAGAUUCUCAGAUCAGUUGGACUGACUUAAGGUUACACUGCAUUCUGGUCAUUAUUAUUAUUAUUAUCAUUAUUAUUAUUAUAUUAAUAAAUACACUCCAAAUGUAACUUUUAAUAGUGUUCUGUUAUGACGUCAUGCUGUAUGAUGUGUCUCUGUGUGUGUUUGUAUCCAUUAAAGUGAGGGGACAUAAACCUGGUCAAAUUGUGCCUUGUGGGGACCGUCCCCUCAGACGGUCCUCACAAGGUUAGAAAUUAAACUUUCAGGUACAGA